AAAACUUAUAUAAACGACCGCUUUCUGGAGAGUUUUGUUUGCAGAGACACUCUCUUACCCUCCUUUCGUUUCAUUUCAUUUCAUUUAUCUGUUUUUCUUUUCUCUUUGCGGAAGUACAUGCUAAGGAUUCCACAAAGACAGUGUCCUAACUCCCAACUCAUGUUUCUAAAUUCUAGUCUUGUUUAGGUGGGUUUGGCUUGGUUUAGUGCUUUCUUUUCCCGUUUUAAGUUGUCUUGUUUAUUACUAUAAUUUAUCGACGAGACAAAAGGACUUUUGUUUCGAGUUUUUUGGUCUGGUUUGAUUUUUUAAGAAUGGCAAAUGGAGAAGAGAAAAACAAUGAUUUCUAUGCUGUUUUGGGGUUGAAUAAGGAAUGCACUCAAACAGAGCUCAGGACUGCUUAUAAGAAACUUGCCCUGAGAUGGCACCCUGAUCGUUGCUCUGCCUCGGCAAAUUCCAAGUUUGUGGAAGAAGCCAAGAAGAAAUUCCAGGCCAUUCAACAAGCCUAUUCUGUUCUGUCUGACGCAAACAAAAGGUUCUUGUACGACGUAGGAGUUUAUGACAGUGAUGACGACGAAAAUGGCAUGGGAGACUUUUUGAACGAAAUGACUACCAUGAUGUCCGGUGAAAACGGAGAAGAAAGCUUUGAGGAAUUACAGGAAUUGUUUGAAGAAAUGUUCCAGGCUGACAUUGAUUCAUUAGACUGUAGUGGUCAGUCACCAAUAUCUUGCUCUGCUUCAUCUUCGUUUGCGUCGUACGGUGACAGUUCGGGCUCCAACAACCGGAGUUCCUCCGAAAUGAGUUCAGGGGAGACUAUGCCGGAAAACAUCGAUGCACAACCUAAUCAUAUCUUUCUGGGGACAGAUGGAACACAAGGAAGACAUCAGGCAACGGAAAAGAACCAGAGGAGGAACCAUCGGAGGAGCCGGCGGUAGUAGACGGAGAAAUGGACAGAAGCAAAAGUUUUCCUCUGGCCAUGAUGAUUCUUCCAACUAUCAUGGCAUUUCUGCUUCAUGAUAACACACCAGCUCAGUCAUUGAUUAAUCAUUCAGUUUCAACCUUAUAUUAUUUUGGCCAACUUAACCGUAUUAACAUCCUGUGCCCAAGACGGAGGCAAGGGCAGUGGGUGGCAUGUUGGUCGUCUUGGUCGACAGUGACAUCGAUCCUCACCUGCAACAAAAGCCGAAAUUACGGCAAGAAGAUUAGUUCGGCUGUAAUGAGGGGAACUACACGAGUUUUACCAUUGUUCUUCACUGGAUUACCAAUCUAGCUUCGAUUUACCAUGUCGAUGAAUUUUGAUUUGUAGGUUUAUUUUACCAUGUUUAGGACCACCCUGUAUUGCUAAUCAAUGGGCUCUAUUUCGCGGGGCCAAUAAGAUCAUCCAUCAAUGAUAGUCGUAAAUUCCCAGA